AUGUUUAAUCUACUCUCAGUCUCAGAAACCACAGCGGCCGUGAAACAAGCAGCGGGGAUAGAUACGGAAGGAGAGGGGACGCAGGAGCAAGGAGCAUCAGGAGGACCCAAGCAGUCUCAAGAUGAAGACGAGAUACAAGGGCCGAUUGAACAGCCGAUCCCACCAUCAAAGACCCCGGCGGCAAAGAAACAAAAGAAGGUGACUGUACCAAAAGGGCCGACGAGGAAGAUCGCGACUCGCUCUACGUCGCAAGCACCGGAGGAGGUUGAAGAGGAAUCCAGGCUCACGGGUCCAGCUGCAGGCGAAGCUAGAGGGAGAGACACCCUCCCAAACCGCUAA